AGGAGGAAGAGGAAGGGCCGGGCGGCGGCGGCGGCAGAGGCAGAGGCGGCUGUAGGUUGCUCGGUGGCGGCGGCGGCGGCUACGGCUCUCUUCCGGGCGGACGAUGGACAGCCAGGGCAGGAAGGUGGUGGUGUGCGACAACGGCACCGGGUUUGUGAAGUGUGGAUAUGCAGGCUCCAACUUUCCAGAACACAUCUUUCCAGCUUUGGUUGGAAGACCUAUUAUCAGAUCAACCACCAAAGUGGGAAACAUUGAAAUCAAGGAUCUUAUGGUUGGUGAUGAGGCAAGUGAAUUACGCUCAAUGUUAGAAGUUAACUACCCUAUGGAAAAUGGUAUAGUACGAAAUUGGGAUGACAUGAAACACCUGUGGGACUAUACAUUUGGACCAGAAAAACUUAACAUAGAUACCAGAAAUUGUAAAAUAUUACUCACAGAACCUCCUAUGAACCCAACCAAAAACAGAGAGAAGAUUGUAGAGGUAAUGUUUGAAACUUACCAGUUUUCUGGUGUGUAUGUAGCCAUCCAGGCAGUUCUGACUUUGUAUGCUCAAGGUUUAUUGACCGGAGUGGUGGUAGACUCUGGAGAUGGUGUCACUCAUAUCUGCCCGGUAUAUGAAGGCUUUUCUCUCCCUCACCUUACCAGGAGACUGGAUAUUGCUGGGAGAGAUAUUACCCGGUAUCUUAUCAAGCUGCUUUUAUUGCGGGGAUACGCCUUCAAUCAUUCUGCUGAUUUUGAAACAGUUCGCAUGAUUAAAGAAAAAUUGUGUUAUGUGGGAUAUAAUAUUGAACAAGAGCAGAAACUGGCCUUAGAAACCACAGUAUUAGUUGAAUCUUACACACUCCCAGAUGGCCGCAUUAUCAAAGUUGGGGGAGAGAGAUUCGAAGCCCCAGAAGCUUUAUUCCAGCCUCACUUGAUCAAUGUAGAGGGAGUAGGUGUUGCUGAAUUGCUUUUUAACACAAUACAGGCAGCUGACAUUGAUACCAGAUCUGAAUUCUACAAACAUAUUGUGCUUUCUGGAGGAUCUACUAUGUACCCUGGGCUGCCAUCCAGGUUGGAACGAGAACUUAAACAGCUUUACUUAGAACGAGUUUUGAAGGGUGAUGUGGAAAAACUUUCUAAAUUCAAGAUCCGCAUUGAAGACCCACCCCGCAGAAAGCACAUGGUAUUCCUGGGAGGUGCUGUUCUUGCGGACAUCAUGAAAGACAAAGACAACUUUUGGAUGACCCGGCAAGAAUACCAAGAAAAGGGUGUUCGUGUGCUGGAGAAACUUGGUGUGACUGUUCGAUAAACUCCAAAGCUUGUUUCCAUCACAACCCUUGCGCAUUCUUUUUUCUUUAUUGCCAAUCUUUGAACUCAUUCAACUCCAGGAUAUGGAGGAGGCCUCUCUGUGCCCUUUGACUGGAAAGGUCAGGUUUUUUCCUGGUGUCUUGGGGAUGCUUUGUUAAAUUUUUGUUAAUGUGGAUAAAUCUGACUGUUCCCUGAAAACAACAUGAGGGCAAAGGGUCCUGUCUGCUGCUUUGUUUCUUCUAAGUAGGCAUUUAGAUCAUUCCUGUCUGCUUCCUAUGUUCACUUUAUUGCUCUAAUGCUGCUAGUUUUAGUCUGUAGCACACUAGGUGGUAUGACUUGACUAGCAUAAGAAAAACCCUUUAAUAGGAGCUUUUACAUAUUAUUGGGGUGGGGGGUGGUUAGGGAUGAGGGGGCAGCUGAAUCUUUUAUGGCAUUUCCUCUGUAGUGUGGUGAUUU